AUGGGACGACCGGCGAGCAACGGGGCCCCCACCUUCCGGUUUAACCAGGCCGAGGUUAGCGAGAUGGAAGCUAUACUUCAAGCGCACAACUGUGCUGUGCCUGCACGUGAAAUUCUUGAAGCUCUUGCUCAGAAGUUUAGUGCUUCAGCUGAAAGAUCCGGAGUGGUUGAAGUUACGGUGAAACAAGUGUGGAAUUGGUUCCAAAAUAGGCGAUAUGCUAUUAGAGCAAAAGCCUCGAAGACUAUUGUUCCUCCACAGACAAACAUGCCUGCCAUGCCUCGAGAUGAUCCAACUACAGUUAGAACCGCAACUCAGACCCCUCAAACUCAGCCUGCUCCUUCAGCUUCAGUGAAAAAUAUGCCUCAAGUACCCCAUCCUAUUACCGCUCCUUCAGGUAGAUAUUAA